CCGGAAGUAUAGUCAAUUUUUAUUCACAGGCAAAAAAACACAGCUGGUAUUGGAAAAAAAAAAGAAAACACCGAAAAUGCCAGCCUCAGAGAGAGGAACAGAACCUCUCGAUCCUCUACCCAAGAUGAGAAAGUUGGAUGAGGAUGGCAAAGCAAAUCAAAGUGGACCCGCACCAGCUGCCAACAACAGGUCCCUAAAAGAAAUACAUAUGCAAGAGCAGACAGUCGCCCCUCGGACCAAGAGAAAACUGUCUUCCUCGUCGGAGGAGGGAGACAAACCAGCCAAGGCGUCCCGACGGGGUUCCCCUGUUAACGAAUCCAGCACAAGCACUUUAGAUUCAUCUGCCAUGAAAGCCACAAGUGCCUCCUGUGGAGAAGCUCCAUUAGAUGGUGCUAUCUUCAACGUUUACCCGGUUGGGUCGACUUCAUCCGAGUCUGAUGACAACGCUAAGACUGACCUUACAGGUAGCGGUGAGACUCCUUGCAUCAGCCAAGUCCCAGCUAAGCGCAAAGCUGAAGACGUGUCAUGUUGCGACUCACUGGAGGUGAGUACAAAGUUACAUACAGAAACUCCUAUUGAUCACAGCCAUGGAAGAGCAUCAGAUUUGAGCCAUGACAACACAGUGGGGACGACUCUGGAAGGAUACAAAGAAUCCUCAGCAAAGAGACACAAAAAUAUGUCAAACACGGAGGAUUUAAAGGACACUUUAGGUUCUGAAACGGUCAGUAUCAAAUUUGCUGCUAAAGAAAAGGACAUAAAAGAAGCAGACAAGCAAACGUUGACGGACAACAAAACCAUUGCACCAUGCACAGAAGUUGUGACUAAUAAAAACCAAAGCGAUUUAACUGUCGAAGCUCGACCCUUGUUAUCAGACACAUGUUGCAGCAACGGAGAAGUACACCAGCACUCUACAGACGACGAACAAAGAUGUCGAAACAGUGAUUUAAAAGAGACUGCUACUAGGGAAACGAUGCACAAUUUUUUACAGGAAACACUGGAUGGUGAGACUAAAACUGAUGUAUGUGGAGAACAUCAAGAACCCUUCUUUAACUGCACCCCAGAAGAAGAGGUCUUGUUAGAAAGUUGUCAACUUGGCAGCCAGAGUGAGGAGAAUCAAACAAUAAUGGUGUCUGAUGGAAACCCAGAGAGCUACAUUGAAGAAAAUCAGACAAUAACAGAAUCUAGAAAGAACCCAGAGAACGACUGCAGGGAAGGAAAUCAAUCUAUUAUUGAAUCUGGAAAGAACCCAGAGAACUAUUGCAGUGAAGGGAAUCAAUCUAUAAUAGUAUCUGGAAAGAACCCACAAAACUACCGCAGUGAAGAAAAUCAAACAAUAGUUGCAUCUGGAAAAAACACAGAGAACUAUUGCGGUGAAGGAAAUCAAUCUAUAAUGGUAGCUGGAAAAAAUCCAGAGAGCUACUGCAUUGAAGAAGAUCAAAGAAAAAUCAAAUCUAGAAAGAACCCAGAGACUUGCACUGAAGAAAAUCAAACAAUAAUCAAAUCUGGAACAGAUUCAGCCAACUACUGCAGUGAAGAAAAUCAAACAGUAAUUCAAUUUGGAAAGGAUUCAGCAAGCUACUGCAUUGACAAAAAGGAAACGGUAAUAGAACCUGGAAAGAAUCCAGAGAGCUGCAUUGAAGACAAUCUUGCAAUAAUAAAAUCUACAAAUAAUCCACAGAGCUGCAUUGAACAAAAACUAAUAAAAUUAGAAUCUGGAAAGAAGUCAGAAAGCUGCAUUGAAAAAAAUCUGAAGUCGUCAUCUGAAAGUCUGACUGCAGAAAAGGAAGCAACAGCGAUAGAUGGCAACCAUGAAAGUCAAACUAAAGAAAUUGUAACAAAUGUUGAGUGUGAGAAAGUUCGUACAGGUCAGCUUGACAAAGCAUUUACAACAGAGGAGUCUGAUAAAACCCCAGAGAUUCCAGUUGAAGAACAUGUCGUCAAAGAUAUGUUGGCUUCAAAGGAAACUGAGCCCAGGCCACAACAGGUCCUUGUCAGACUCUAUGGCGUAGAGAAUUCAUUCAGUAAAAGCACAGAAAAUAAACUUGAAGAAACCGCAAUCAGUGCUGAUCUACUAGAAAAAGGGUCAGCGGCUAAACCAGAGAGUCCCACUAAGGAAAAUAUAACAUCAGUGGACUGUGACGGAGACAUGUAUGUGGAAAAAAAUGUAACAGCAUUAGAAGAGCAUGUGAGAAAAACUCUGCCACUUUCAAAGAAAAGUGAACCCACACCACACAAGCGCCUCACAGGGACUCAUGGCGCAGAGACUUGGUUCGAGGAGAAAGGCAUGGAGUGUGACAGAAAUCCAGGGAAUAAACCUGAAGAAACCGCAAUGGAAGCCAGUAGGUCCUGUGAUGAUCUACAUAGCAACGAGUCAGACAGUAAACCAGAGAGUGCCACUAGAAUAAAUCUAGCCGCCGAUCCUGACUUAAAGAGUCUUGCAGAAGAAAAUGUAACCGUGAUGGAAGACCAUGUAAGAGAAAAUUUGCAAAUUUCAAGAGAAACUGAACCCACACCACAUGAGCUCUUAAUAGGUACUCAUGACGCAGAUUUGUUUGGGGAGAAGCACAUCAAGUUUGACAGAAACCCAAAGAAUCAAGCUCAACAAACUACAAUGGAAGCCAGGAAGUCCUGCGAUAAUCUACAUGAAAUGGAGUCUGACUUUAAACCAGAGAGUCUCACGAAGGAAAAUGUAACACCACUGGAUCCUGACAUUGACAGUCAUGCAGAAGAACAUUUAAAAGUUAUGAAAGAACAUGUAAGAGAAAGUCUGCCACUUUCAAGAGAAACUAACCCCAUACCACAUGAAGUCCUAAUAGGAAGUCAUGAUGCAGAUACUUGGUUUGAGGAGAAGCACAUGAAGUUUGACAGAAUCUCAGAGAAUCAACCCCAUGAAACCACAAUUGAAGCCAGUAAGUCCUCUGAUGAUCCACGAAAAAUUGAGUUAGACAGUAAACCACACUGUCCCACUCAAAAAAAUGUAACUUCACUGGAUCCUGACAUAAACCCGGAGGAUCAACCUCAAGAAAUCACAAUAGAAGCCAGUAAGCCCUGUGAUGAUCGACAUGAAAUGAAGACGCUUGGUAAACCAGAGAGUCCCACCCAGGAACCUGUGACAUUACUGGAAUCUGACAUAGAGAGUCAUGUGAAAGAAAAUAUAACUGUUAUAGAAGAACAUGUAAGAGAAAAUCUACCACGUUCAAGAGAAACUGAACACACACCAGGUGAGCUCUUUAUGGGUACUAAUGACGCUGAUACUUUGUUUGUAAGGAAGCAGAUGAAGGUUGACAGAAUCUCAGAGAAUCAACCCCAAGAAACCACAAUUGAAGCCAGUAAAUCCUUUGAUGAUCCACCACAAAUUGAGGCGGACUGUAAACCACACUGCACCACUCAAGAAAAUGUACCUUCACUGGAUCCUGACAUAAACCCAGAGAAUCAACCUCAAGAAGUCACAAUGGAAGCCAGUAAGCCUUGUGAUGAUGUACAUAAAAUGAAGACAGAUAGUAAACUGGAGAGUCCCACUGAGGAACAUGUGACAUUACUGGAUCCUAACAUAGAGAGUCAUGUUAAAGAAAAUAUAGCAGUGAUAAAAGAUCAUGUAAGAAAAAAUCUACCAUGUUCAAGAGAAACUGAACCCAUACCACGUGAGCUUCUUAUAGGUACUCAUGAUGCAGAUACUUUGUUUGUGGAGAAGCACACAGAAUCUUACACAAACCAAAAAAAUCAACCUCAAGAAACAACAAUGCAAGCCAAUAAGCCCUGUGAUGACCUACAUGAAAUGGAGACAGACAGUACACCAGAGAGUCCCACAAAAGAAUAUGUAACUUCACUGGAUCCUGAUAUUGAGAGUCAUGUGGAAGAAAAUGUAACAGUGAUGGAAGAACAUGUAGGAGAAAGUCUGCCACUUUCAAGAGAAACUGAACCCACGCCACAUGAGAUCCUUAUAGGCACUCAUGACGCAGAUACUUUGCUUGUGGAGAAACACGUGGAAUCUGACAGAAUUCCAGAGAAUCAACCCCAAGAAACCACAAUUAAAGCCAGUAAGUCCUCUGAUGAUCUACAUGAAAUGGAGUCAAACGGAAAACAACACUGCCCCACGAAAGAAAAUGUAACCUCACGGGAUCCUGACAGAGAGAGUUACGUGCAAAAAAAUGUAAUAGUGAUUGGAGAACAUGUAAGAGAAAGUCUGCCACUUUCAAGAGAAACUGAACCCACACCACAUGAGGUCCUUAUAGGUACUCAUGACGCAGAUACUUUGUUUGUGAAGAAGCACACAAAAUCUGACAAAAAACAAAAAAAUCAACCUCAAGAAACCACAAUGCAAGCCAAUAAGCCCUGUGAUGAUCUACAUGAAAUGGAGACAGACAGUAAACCAGAGAGUCCCACAAAAGAAAAUGUAACUUCACUGGAUCCUGAUACUGAGAGUCAUGUGGAAGAAAAUGUAACAGUGAUGGAAGAAUAUGUGGGAGAAAGUCUGCCACUUUCAAGAGAAACUGAACCCCCACCACAUGAGAUCCUUAUAGGUACUCAUGACGCAGAUACUUUGUUUGUGGAGAAGCACACAAAAUCUGACAAAAAACAAAAAAAUCAACCUCAAGAAACCACAAUGCAAGCCAAUAAGCACUGUGAUGAUCUACAUGAAAUUGAGACGGACGGUAAACCAGAGAGUCCCACAAAAGAAAAUGUAACUUCACUGGAUCCUGAUAUUGAGAGUCUUGUGGAAGAAAAUGUAACCGUGAUGGAAGAACAUAUAGGGGGAAGUCUGCCACUUUUAAGAGAAACUGAACCCACGCCACAUGAGAUCCUUAUAGGUACUCAUGACGCAGAUACUUUGUUUGUGGAGAAGCACGUGGAAUCUGACAGAAUUCCAGAGAUUCAACCCCAAGAAACCACAAUUAAAGCCAGUAAGUCCUCUGAUGAUCUACAUGAAAUGGAGUCAAACGGAAAACCAGACUGCCCCACGAAAGAAAAUGUAACCUCACGGGAUCCUGACAGAGAGAGUUACGUGCAAAAAAAUGUAAUUGUGAUUGGAGAACAUGUAAGAGAAAGUCUGCCACUUUCAAGAGAAACUGAACCCACACCACAUGAGGUCCUUAUAGGCACUCAUGACGCAGAUACUUUGUUUGUGGAGAAGCACACAAAAUCUGACAAAAAACAAAAAAAUCAACCUCAAGAAACCACAAUGCAAGCCAAUGAGCCCUGUGAUGAUCUACACAAAAUGGAGACAGACAGUAAACCAGAGAGUCCCACAAAAGAAAAUGUAACUUCACUGGAUCCUGAUACUGAGAGUCAUGUGGAAGAAAAUGUAACAGUGAUGAAAGAACAUGUAGGAGAAAGUCUGCCACUUUCAAGAGAAACUGAACCCCCACCACAUGAGAUCCAUAUAGGUACUCAUGAGGCAGAUACUUUGUUUGUGGAGAAGCACAUGGAAUCUGACAGAAUUCCAGAGAAUCAACCCCAAGAAACUACAAUUAAAGCCAGUAAGUCGUCUGAUGAUCCACCAAAAAUUGAGUCAGACUGUAAACCACACUGCACCACUCAAGAAAAUGUACCUUCACUGGAUUCUGACAUAAACCCAGAGAAUCAACCUCAAGAAAUCACAAUGGAAGCCAGUAAACGUUGUGAUGAUGUACAUAAAAUGAAGACAGAUAUUAAACUGGAGAGUCCCACUGAGGAACUUGUGACAUUACCGGAUCCUAACAUAGAGAGUCAUGUUAAAGAAAAUAUAGCGGUGAUAGAAGAUCAUGUAAGAAAAAAUCUACCAUGUUCAAGAGAAACUGAACCCACACCACGUGAGUUCCUUAUAAGUACUCAUGAUGCAGAUACUUUGUUUGUUGAGAAGCACACGAAAUCUGACACAAACCAAAAAAAUCAACCUCAAGAAACCACAAUGGAAGCCAAUAAGCCCUGUGAUGAUCUACAUGAAAUGGAGACAGACGGUAAACCAGAGAGUCCCACAAAAGAAAAUGUAACUUCAGUGGAUCCUGAUAUGGAGAGUCAAGUGGAAGAAAAUGUAGGAGAAAGUCUGCCACUUUCAAGAGAAACUGAACCCACACCACAUGAGGUCCUUAUAGGUACUCAUGACCCAGAUACUUUGUUUGUGAAGAAGCACACAAAAUCUGACAAAAAACUAAAAAAUCAACCUCAAGAAACCACAAUGCAAGCCAAUAAGUGUGAUGAUCUACAUGAAAUGGAGACAGACAGUAAACCAAAGAGUCCCACAAAAGAAAAUGUAACUUCACUGGAUCCUGAUAUUGAGAGUCAUGUGGAAGAAAAUGUAACCGUGACGGAAGAACAAGUAGAAGAAAGGCUGCCACUUUCAAGAGAAACUGGACCCACACCACAUGAGAUCUUUAUAGGUACUCAUGACGCAGAUACUUUGUUUGUGGAGAAGCACAUGGAAUCUGACAGAAUUCCAGAGAAUCAACCCCAAGAAACCACAAUUCAAGCCAGUAAGUCCUCUGAUGAUCUACAUGAAAUGGAGUCAAACGGUAAACCACACUGCCCCAUGAAAGAAAAUGUAACCUCACUGGAUCCUGACCGAGAGAGUCAGGUGCAAGAAAAUGUAAUAGUGAUUGGAGAACAUGUAGGAGAAAGUCUGCCACUUUCAAGAGCAACUAAACCCACACCACAUGAGGUCUUUAUAGGUACUCAUGACGCUGAUACUUCGUUUGGGGAGAAGCACAUGAAAUCUGACAGAAUACCAGAGAAUCAACCGCGAGAAACAAUAAUGGAACCUAGGAAGCCCUCUGAUCCACAUGAAAUGGAGUCCGACAGUAAACCAGAGAGCCCCACUAAGGAUAAUUUUACCUCGGUGGAUCCUGACAUUGAGAGUCAUGUGGGUAAAAAGGUAACCAUGAUAGAAAAACAUGUGACAGUGAUAGAAGAACAUGUAACAGAAGGUCUGUCACUUUUUAAGGAUGUAAAACCCCUGCCACAAGAGGUCUUCGUAGAAGGUAGUUCAGAGGUCAAUCUAAUUGUGACUGAUAAUGAAGCAGAAACAGCAAUGGUGUCUGAAGCACAAAAGAGUGAAGAAAAUGUAACACUCUUAAAGGAACACAAAACACAACAUUUAUUCACUGGAAGUCAAAUUAAGAAACAAAGUGAGGGUCCAAGUGAAAAACAUCUAAUGGCAACACAGCCUGAUAGCAAUCCAGAGAGGCAGAUUGAAGAAAUCACACCACCACCAAAGGUCCUUAUAUGCAGUGUUAAUACAGUUGAGGACAGCCAAAUGGAGUCCAUUGAAACCCCAGAGAGCCAGACAGAAGUAAAUGUUGCAAUGAAAUCAGCUUUUCCCGGGGAAUCACUGUCGUCAUCCAUGCACAAGCAGGAGCAAGUGCCAAAUUCUUUUCACAUUGUCAACAGAACAACUGAGGUGUUGACACAUGACACAGUUGAUGAGCAAAAUGGAACAAUGGAGGUGUCCUCUGAAUGUGUCACCGUCUUGGUGACUCCAACAGAUGUGGAAGUGACGGCGGAGGGAAGUCUUGAUUUGCAAGAGGAAAUCAACAGCCACAAUGCUAAUGACGAUACAGACAUACCAGCUGUUGAAGAGAAUGUGAUGGAAAGUGUGGAAAAAGAAAAUGAGUCCAGUGACUAUUCCACAGCACUGGUGAAUAAAAUGAGCGUUCAGGCUGCAGUAGCAACUGAAAAAGCAAAGCAUCCUGCCUAUUUACUGGAAGCAAACAGUCACAGCAACAUUGAUAGAACAAUGGAUGUAUUGAUUAGCGAAAGAACUGAAUCCAUGGAACAUGAAGACUACUUGAACUUGGAGCACGUUCAGGAGAAUGCAAAUCAAGAAAUUAUAACAAAUGCAAUAAUUCAGGAAGUAUCUACUAAUGCCCAAAAUGAUUUAAAGAGCUGUGGAAAUGAAUAUGUUCCCCCUCCAGAGAAACCACAAGUAAUGACAACAUUUGCCGAGAAGUCGGACACAGUGGAAGUAAGUCAAAACCGCCCGGGUGUUCCUGAAAAUGAUUCUGUAAUUGCAGUUGACUUCAAUGCGCAGACCGCAAAAGACGUGAUAAUGAAACUCCCGGUGGAAGCACAAGAGGAUAUUAGCCCAACACAUGUGGAGAUGCAUACAAUAACAGAAGACACAUCUUCUAAAGCACUCGCAGAACAAAGCCAGAAGAGGCUGGAAGUUGCUGACACACGCCUGUUACCUAAAACUCAGACUGACACAUCACAAAAGACGAAGCAUAAAGACUCUCCUAGAUGUGAUGCCGCUCAGGAGCAUCAGGCUACAUUAGCAUCAAAGAUUGCUAACACGUCGGAGACACAAAUCACGCAAGGUCAAACAGAAAAAAUGACCACGACAAUAGAAACUUGUCACAUGACACGAGUUGAAAAUGUCAUGACAGACGGUUCUCCCAAUAUUGAAGAAAAUCAAUUCAAAUAUGAAGCAAUGUCGAAAAACGACUAUCCUCAUCACACCGCCAUAGUAGAGGAAAGAAAUGAGAAGCAAGGUGUCACUAAAGGUUGUACAUCCUACAUAGCUGAUAUUCAGAAGUUCCCAGUUGUUUCCACAUAUGACUGUAAUGAAAGCAAGCAUUGUGUUGCUGCCACAGACAUAGAAAUGGAUCUGGAGACAUUAACAGAAGAAGUGUCUAAAGCCGAGAAAGCCCAUGAAUUCAUUCAAAAAGGUCCUGUUGUUUCAAGCUCUGAGGAACAGAAGGCCAUAAAGGAGGUUGUCACCAAGAGUUUGAACAUAGCUGUAAGCAAAGUAGAAGUUAACUUGCCAGCAGCAACAGCAGCACUCGAUUCAACCUCUAAUCCAUCUUUUGCAGUCCAAAGCAUCAGUGAAUUCUCCUGUUUUAAAGUGGACUUUGAGAGUGUGGAGAAUGAGGGCAGGGCCCAUAGUAUUAUUCCAGAGGGCCCACUAAGUGAUACAGCUGUAACGGCCACUUGUAAUGCAGUGAUUAAUGUAGUACAACAUGUCAAUGAGGUGGAGAAAAUCACUUUGACAAAUGAAAGUCAAAAAUCCAUCACCGAUGUGGGGAAUACCCAGGAAGAAAAAGAGCUUGAUACACAUCUAGAUCCUAUGGAUGUUAGUAGUAAAACUGUGGAACCAGUAGAAUUUGUAUCAGAAGAUGAGACAUGUAAGAAAGAAAUUAGCAAAGCCAAAGAAGAGGAUUCAUUUGUUACUACCACUGAGAAGUCUGACCUAACUCAUAGAGAAGCAUCCGGAAGCAGGGACGUUGAAGUGUUGGUUUGUGACCAAUCCGAGGACUCUCCUACUGUGCUCCACGUCUCAGACGAGCAGAGUGACACAGUCAGUCAAAGUCAGAUUGUGUAUGAGCCCAUUAGUAGUCCAGAGAGUAAUGCAGAUAGGGAUGCUGUUACAGCUGUGGAGAAGCAGGAUUUUGUGUCUAUGGAGGACACACAGACUACCCAACUCAUGACAGAGGACUUGUUUGCUCAUGAAAGUGUGGUCACCAGUAAAUCGCAGCUGGAGAAUGAGAAAUUGACUACAGAAGAACAAUCAGCUGUAGAAACGAUGGCGGUAAAACAAAGCCCCACCGUUUCUGAGGUGAAUAGCCCAUCUGGAGUAACCGGCUCGAGCGUCGCUAUCAACACAAAAGUAGAUGACUUUGCACAGGAAAAAGAAAGUGUGUCAACAGAGCCAGAAUGUGUAGUGACUGCACAGCUUUGUCGGCCACCGCAAGAGAACAUCCCAGCCAUAUCUGGAGUGGAGAAAGCAGCAGGUGCAGCUGAGCAGUAUCUGAUCCUCGAACCAGUCCUAGAAAACAAAAUUCGCUUCGAUAUUGUUUCUCAAGCCGCAGCUGCAUCAGGUCUAUCUUCUCCUUGCUAUGAUAACGUUCUUCCAGAUAGUACUAUCACAACUGACGUGGAAAGUCAAACUGCUUCAAAUGGACCUCAAGAGACCUUCCUCUCAGAGACUGACAUUUUGCGAAGCCAAACACCUGCUGAGGUCAGUGGUGCCGUAGCUGAAGAGGCAAGAGGAGUAACUGCCCCACCUGUGGAGGAAGAUGCCCAACUUAUCGAAACUCCAGACCAUUUCCUUCAGCCAGAGACUGACAUUUUGCAAAGCCAAACACCUGCUGAGGUCAGUGGUGCUGUAGCUGAAGAGGCAAGAGGAGUAACUCCCCCACCGGUGGAGGAAGCUGCCCAACUUAUCGAAACUCCAGACCAUUUCCUUCAGCCAGAGACUGACAUUUUGCGAAGCCAAACAUCUGCUGAGGUCUGUGGUGCUGUAGCUGAAGAGGCAAGAGGAGUAACUGCCCCACCUGUGGAGGAAGCUGCCCAACUUAUCGAAACUCCAGACCAUUUCCUUCAGCCAGAGACUGACAUUUUGCGAAGCCAAACAUCUGCUGAGGUCAGUGGUGCUGUAGCUGAAGAGGCAAGAGGAGUAACUGCCCCACCUGUGGAGGAAGCUGCCCAACUUAUCGAAACUCAAGACCAUUUCUUUCAGCCACAGCAAUGUGGUGAUAGUGACUUUGCCCUGCAAGAAGUCCAAAUUUUGGAAGACAUGGAGAUCGGUAGAGAGAUUGUUGUGGCCAAUGAGGAAGAUAGUGACAUUAACAUUAUAGAAAAUACUGAUGAAACGAUUCAAAUACCUCCUCUUCAAAAAACAGAGGAUGAAGGUGCUUCAAAGACGAACAAUUUAACUGAAAAGGAGGAUACCAAAAAGACACGAGAGGUUGAGAAACCCAAGAAGCAAGAAAUGAACACUCAAGCAAGGACCAAAGCUCGUCUUGCAGCUUUAGCUGAGCAGAAAGCUGCCGCCAUGAAGAAGGCUGCCAACAAACAGCAACUCAACCUCUUAGCCCUUUGUCAGGAAAUUGCUGAGGACAUAGCCACAGACAGCAUGCUGUUAAAGAGGAUUGAGGAAGAAAAGCAAGCGGCAGCCAAAGGUGAGGCUAGUAAGAAGGAGAACCCCGCUGUUAGCAUGCAGGAAGAAGCCACGACUGACGUCAAGGCUCCCACUGAAUCAGAAAGCUCCUCAGCUUUAAUGACCCCUGCUGAGAAGACACCUGCAGUGCAGCCUUCAGCUGCUGAGUCCAAACCUUCUGAGGAUCCCCCAAAGAGGCGCUUCUUCAUCUCACAAGUAACGGUGCCCCUUAAGGUCCAUGAGAAAAAGAAGCUGACUCGCUAUCAAAGACUGAGACAGGUUGAACUACAAAGGGAGAAAAUGUCCUGGGCCCGCAUGAAGAAGAUGAAGAUUGACCAAGCCAAUCAACUGUUUUCAGAUAUGAACUGGCAAGCUUCAAUGUUCACACCUGCUUUAUCUGUCAAUGCAGUGAGCACCGAUGCUGCACCUAAAGAUACUUCUUCCUCUCCUCCAAGUCCUGUUUCAAGUAGCAUACCUACAACACCUAAGCCAGACGUUCCUGAGGCUGAGACUCAAAAAUGUGAAACUGACAAAGAGGAACCACCUAAAGUAGAAGCCUCCAAGGCUAAACUUGAUGAUAAAACUGACCUUACAAAAACAGAAACACCGCAGACUGAGCCUGCUAAAGCGGAAAACACUAGAAUAACAAGACAAAGUAAGGCUCAGGCCUCUAAAGUAACGCCUACCCCAGCUCCUUCUCCAAAAGUGACUAGAUCCUCAACCAGGAGGUCACUACCAGCUGUGCCCCCACCUAUGCCCAACGGACUUAAGGCUACAAAGCCCAAGCCUGUCGAGUACAAGCCAUACAAGCCACGGCCCAGGUAUUCAUUUGAUGACUUUGAACUAGAUGAUGACCCUUUACCAGCACCCCCCAAGAGGUCAAUUCCCCCAUCCAGGACUUGCCAAGUCAGCAGUCAGUCUAGUCCUCAGGCCCAGUCUAAACCCACACUUCCUACAAAGCCACUGCAGCCUCCAAACCAGUCCAAACCAAAACCUUCAAUCGCUGCUUGUGGACAGUCAAAGUCUGUUAUUUCAACAACUGCUCAGUCAAAACCUUCCAGUUCUUCUCCCGGUCCACAAUAUGCCAGUGCUACAACACCCAUAACUCAAGCCCUGGUUAAAGCUGCUCUUUCAAACCCAGCUCACUCAAAAGCUUCAGUCCCAACGACCCUUCAGACAAAAUCUGCCUCAGCUUCUAGUCAGUCGCAGAGUGCAGCCUCAGUUUCACCCCAAUUUAAAGCUAGUAAUGCCGCAGCUCCCAACAGACCUUCAAAAGCAUCUAACACAACCCAGGCAAAACCGUCUGGUCCUAAAUUGGAUGUAAAUCCAAGUCCUUCGGAACCCCCCCCAGCUCAGUCUGCAACGGAUGCUGAAAUUAAGGCGGCUGCUGGUUUGCAUUCAGCAUGUUCACCUCCCUCGAAGGAGAGCUCAGAUCAGUCUAAUGUGCAGCAAUGUGAAGAAAAACCUACAGGCAGCGGUGUUGAUCAGUGCCCACAGACUGAGAGCGUCAAGAAAGCACAGGAGCAAUUAGAAAUGCCUUGUCAAGACGGCCUUGUGAAGCAGCAAGAUGGAGAGACUCCCUUGUCUGACGCUUGUCUGCAAAGAGAAGUCAAAAAACUAAAGGAGGCUGACAAAGAUGGCACCCAAACUAUUAUUGAUGCAGGUCAGAAGCAUUUUGGUGCAGUGGCCUGCAGCGUGUGUGGGAUGCUAUACUCCGCCGCCCACCCGGAAGACGAAUCUCAGCAUUUGCUCUUCCACAACCAGUUCAUCAGCGCGGUGAAAUAUGUGGGAUGGAAAAAGGAGAGAAUCCUGGGAGAAUUCCCUGAUGGCAAGAUCAUUCUAGUCCUGCCAGAUGACCCCAAAUAUGCUCUCAAGAAGGUGGAAGAGAUUAGGGAGAUGGUGGACAAUGAUCUGGGCUUCCAGCAGGUGGAGACCAAGUGUCCAUCGCAGACCAAAACCUUCCUUUUUAUUACGAACGACAAGAAAGUGGCCGGCUGCCUUAUAGCAGAGCACAUUCAGGAGGCCUACAGGGUGAUCGAAGAGACCGCUCCCGGCGUCUCAGAAGGAGAGAAGGUGAUGUUUGAGCGCCAGAGGGCUUGGUGUUGCUCCACCACGGCCGAACCAGCCCUCUGCGGGAUCAGCCGCAUAUGGGUGGUCAGCAUGAUGAGACGCCGCAGCAUCGCCUCCCGCUUGGUGGAGUGCCUCAGGAACAACUUCAUAUACGGUUCUUACCUGAGCAAAGAUGAGAUCGCUUUCUCCGACCCGACCCCCGACGGGAAGCUCUUCGCCACAAAGUACUUUGGCACGUCUCAGUUUUUGGUAUAUAACUUUGUGAGCGGGACACACUCCUCUCAGCCCAAAACUGUUUCAGUAUGACAGUCGCCAGGAGAGGUGAGGAUGAAUUUAACCGGGACGCUCACAGACCAAGUGGACUAAAACGUGUCUGACUGACUCUUCAAUUGUGGGGAGGUAACAAAAAGACUAAAUUCCUUCAGAAAGGACACUGAUUGGUUCAAAUCUCAGGAUUAAAACAACACUGCGUUGUUGGAAAAUACAAAUUCACCCUUUAAUCCCAACCAAGUCAACACAUUUAUUAGUGGAAACAAAUCAUGUGUCAUCGUUUUCAAAAUAUUUUAAAUGAUUUUAGAUUUUUUCUUUAACCAUUCCUGAGUUACUACAAUGACGUUGUCACAUUCAAAACAUGUUUAGGUCACAGCUGCUCAAUUUUUAAACACUUAACAUUUUUACUCAACUUUUGACUUAAUCAUGUUUAAUUGUCACACAAACUAAUCAUGUAAACAAUGUGCUUCAGUCUGAGAAUUUAAUGCCCGCUGGUUUUAUCUGAAGAACUCAUGUUUAGAAGUGUGGCUUGGGCAUUAAAAAGGGGCUCCUAACUUUCUUUAGAUCACCUUGCUCAAACUGUGAUGUGUUCCAAGCUGAGCCAUAUCCUGUCCUUUCACGUAGCGGAGCAUUGUAACCUACUAUACUGUAUCAAGUGUCUUUCAUUUCACCAUUUGCUUUGAUUGUGCCUGAAUUGAACAGUGUUUGACUACAAAUGCUCAUUUUUCUCCCCCAAACCUUUCUAGAAUUAGUUCACAAAUAUCAUCCCCUAUUCCUUAGUAACUUCCACUGUAUAGUAUUUCAACGUGUAGAUAAAUGUAUACUAUAACGACAUUUAUAAUAAACCAUGUAAAAGGUCUUAAGGCUCCAGUGUUACAUGGUGCAUAGCGUCCAAAUGUUUUCCCUUACUUUCAUCUUGCAUCACUUACUUUUAGAGACUUGCGCUGUGCAAAAUAGAUUUGAUUUAUACAAAGUUGCUCUGUAAAUAUUUAUUUAAAUAAUAAACUCAGAAAACAUU